AUGAAGAAUGUUAGCAACAAAUUGAUAAACAUUGAUUUUCAUUACAACAUAUUUAAUAUGGCAUGCAAAGACGACCAUCCAGAGUUUGUGAUUUUUAUAUCGAGUUCCACAGUGAAUUUUAAGAAGAGAGAAACAAUUAGAAGGACAUGGGGUAAAAAGCAGCCUUUACCCAUAUUAUUUGCUCUGGGAAGUGUACAAAACGAGACAAUACAAAGUCAAAUCAACGCUGAAAAUGAUAAGUACUCGGACAUAAUUCAGGGGAGCUUCGUGGACACCUACAAAAAUCUGAGCUACAAACAAGUUAUGAUGCUAAAGUACGUUAAUGACCACUGUUCAGAUUCAAUGUUUUUACUAAAAAUGGACGAUGAUUUGUUUAUUAAUAUGCCACAGUUAACAAACUUUAUUAAGAAUGAUCUAAUCCCAAAUAACACCCACAAUUUAAUAAUGGGAGAUGUUUAUAUGGAUAGACCUGUUGUUAGAAAAAAAUCAAAAUGGAGAGUGUUACCAGAAGAAUUUUUACCAAACGUGUAUCCUACGUACUGCCCCGGAUGGCGGAUAAUAUACUCCAUGGAUAUUGUGCAGUACCUCUAUAGACAAUCGCAGAAUAAAGCUGUUAAAUAUUUUUGGGUCGAUGAUGUUUUUGUUAGUGGGAUUUUGGCUGCUAAAUUGAAAGACGUUCAUAAGGACAUAGAACCUUUAUCAGUGACAAAUGCAACGGUGAAAGAAUAUUUAAAUGGUUCUGCAAAAUAUAGUUGCUUUGUCUUCGGUCCAUUUAAUUUCGAUGUUAGUCAAAAUGGACCUUUGAUGGAGUUUUUGCGUAAUGAAACUCCUUGUUUCUCUGUUGCAAAUCAGUUAAGUUGGAUAAAUAAAUAA